UAUUUUUUUCAAUGCAGAGGUCGGGUGACGCCCCUCCCCUGCCUCUACAGCAUCAGCACCUCAAAAACGAACAAGGCGACUAGCCGCUAGAAGAGGAUGCUCUCCGGUCUCUGGUAAUCUCAGUAGCUCGAGGAGACAUAUCCCGACGAUGAGACGGCUAACCGGCAGGCUAACGGUAUGCUUCAUGCACGUUUAUGCUGCCUCGCUGCCUCCAUUCAUGGUGCACCAUUCAUGCAUCCUCGCGAAUGGAAAACAUUAAAACAGCUCGUUCCAGCCCCGCCGACUCUCCUUCACGUGAGCACACGUUCUCGUUCCGUUUGAUGACGCUUCUUUUCAUGUAGGUCAAAGUGAUGAAGACCCCGAUUUUGUCUUUUGAGGGCGCCGUGUGAAUACAGGGCUCAUACGGGGGAAAGCCAGGCAAACAAAAGGCAUCCAGCCCUCCUCCUCUGACGCACCUGGCUGCCCUGUCGCUGCUUGACAUGACAGCGCAGAGCCGGGAGCAGAGCAGCAGGAUCAAGGGGCACCGACGUGCGGCCGGACGCACGGACUCGACAAGGAGCAGAGGAGCCUGCGGACGUUCGGUGGAGAGGAGGCAGCAGCCCAGGAGAGGCCGAAUUGCAGUUUCUGGGGACGAGCGCCAAGGGCAGUGCGGCAGUCAGCAGACAGACCGGGGGGAGGAGGCUGCAGAGAUCUGUGAUAUACUCUCCCCUCCAGUCAAACCUCCAUAUCACCCUUAAAAUAUGAUGGCGUUUGUACACUUGAUCCGUGGUGACUGUGGUACUCUAUGUUCUCUUCUGUUACUUCCCAGCCAAUCACUGAUGAUGUGCAAUUAAAAGAUUAGAUCUGCUCUUCAGGCAAGGGUGGAACCCUGAGGGGACUGAUGAGCAUACUGGCAAGGUAUCACUUGCUCCCUUCUUCUCUGGCUUUGCUCAUUUUGCUUGUCGCCUGCACUAUGGGCUGUCUUCAGAGCAUCGCAUGCAAGCCCCGCAUCAGACGGGAGAACAUUGUGGUUUAUGAGGUGUCUGCCUCUAUUGACCAGUGUCCCACAAUCGUUGAAGAGAACUCACCAAUUGUGCUCCGUUACAAGACGCCCUACUUCAGGGCUUCAGCAGGAGUUGUGAUGCCUCCAGUGCCCCGCAAUGAAACCUGGGUGGUGGGCUGGAUCCAAGCUUGUACACAGAUGGAGUUCUACAAUACCUAUGGUGAUGUUGGCAUGUCCAGCUGGGAGCUACCAGAGCUGCGGGAGGGUCGGGUUAAAGCCAUCAGCGACUCCGAUGGGGUGAGCUACCCCUGGUAUGGCAACACUACAGAGACAGUCACCCUAACCGGCCCCACAUCCAAACCAUCUCGACUGACAGUCAGCAUGAAUGACAACUUCUACCCCAGCGUGACUUGGGCAGUCCCCAUCAGCAACAGCAAUACACCUAUGCUGACCCACAUCACCAGGGACCAGAGCUUCAUCACCUGGCUGGUCGCCAUGAACUCCAUCACCAAGGAGCGUAUUGUGUUGCAGACAGUUCGAUGGCGGAUGCGGGUCGACAUUGCUGUGGAUCCGGACAUGCCUCUGGGCUCUCGAGCCUCAUUGGUGGGUCGUCCCUACCAGGAACAGCCACACAUCCUCAACUACCAGGAGCCCAUCCCACCCAAUGCACUGGGAAGACCCAACGCUAAUGAUGCCCAAGUGCUGAUGUGGAGGCCUCGGAGAGGGGCGCCACUCGUGGUCAUACCUCCUAAAUAA